AUGUGGUGAUAAAAGGUAGAUUGAAGCCUAGAAGAGUGACACGUGGCAGAUAAGGUUGCAUGUGAUUUCACGUCAUUUCAUUGAUUUAUGUAUCAGAGAGAAGAAGAAGAGAAAGAAGAAGAAGGAAAGAAGCAGCAAGAAGAGAUAUUUAUAAGUUUGAACAGAAAGAGGAGAAUGGCAGCUCUGUGUGGCCCUGCGUUGAACAGCUCCUUCCUGAGGAAGCAAGCAGUGAACACGUCAAGCAUGAAGGCAUUCGAAAACGCCAACGCCGUGUUUGGUGUGAAAGAAGGACGAGGUGGUCGUGUGACUGCCAUGGCCACUUACAAGGUGAAGCUGAUCACCCCCUCGGGAGAGAAAGAGAUAAAAUGCUCAGAUGAAGAAUACAUUCUUGAUGCUGCAGAAGAACAAGGCCUUGACCUNUUGCUCAAUUAA